AUGCGCCGUCCGCCCAUUGCCUGCCGUCGAGCAGUGCAAUCGCUCCAAUCUUCCCCUCCUCAGCACAUAUGGAUCUCUGACAACCUCCUCACCGAUGCCAUUGGUCGAUUUUUACCCAGUUCGUGCCCGCAACAGAAGCGCCAUGGCAGCCAUGUUCCGGGACCAUUGGAGGCCAGGAGGAGGGCAGCAAAACGCCGGAUGACCGUCUCAGCCAAUUUCUAUCCCCAGGAAAACUUUUCGCCGCUGUUCAGUCUCGGUGCGCUCUUCGGCUUCCGCAAAGACACUCAACCCACUUGGAGAUAUGAAGCGCCAUCUCUACAACACUACGUAGAGCCAUUGGACACAUUAGCUCCUCAUGUUCCAAGCUUGCCAAUAGCACAAUCCGACGCAAUAUCUACUGAACAUGCACCGUCUACAACUAGUGCAUUCCCAUUCGGCGCACCGUAUCCCUUCUCGCAGAACAAUGCGCAGACCAAACUGCAGGGCAGAGUAGGCCGGCUAGGAGGAAUCAGCACAGAUGCUGUGACCGCGGAGACGCAUUUCAACAAUUUCGCGACACAGAUUUCAAACGCAGAAGCUCUGUCCACGGCCGAACGCUGUCGAUCCUCACAUCAGGCCUGGAUAUCAUGUCGACCAGCUGACAGUAACGCUUGGGCCUACAACGUUAUGGUGGUCAAGCAUCUGACAAGCAUUCGUUGGGAUCCUACGCGCAUCCUUUCCAACCUCAGGUUCUUCGAUGUCCCUCCCACCUAUACGCCUGAAAGCCUUGACUUCCUAAGGUGCCUCGAGGCUUCUGGUGCAUAUCAUGCUCCUCGGGUCUAUCACCGCCUAUAUGUCAAGAUGGUUAGAGCAGCCACAUCUGCUGCAGCUUCAACAAGUUUAUCACAGGAUACCGAGCUACUCACGUUAGUUCGAUUAACCUAUCAGAGCUGUUUACGCAGCACAAAAGCCAUACAAGGCGUUGUAGACGACUUGCGUAUACUUGCAAACAAGAUUGAGGCACCUGCCAUUAAGAAAUCGCUGCUUUCUGAACUGGCUGGCAGCAAUAACGCAGCCCAAAGUAUCAAAGUUUUAGUCGCAAGCGCUGCUCAAGGCCAUUCACCUUGUGCAUUUGUUGAGGAGAUGCUCCUUUUCUUGCCUAGAGAGCAGCUUCUACUACAACUCCCAUCAAUCACGCGGUCUCUCGUCGAAGUCGUUGAUCGGAAAAGCCGGCUGCCAGUUGAGACAUGUUGGUACCGUCUGAAUGUGUGGCUGGCUGUCCUCGAAAAUCUCGAUAAAAGAUUCAAUGUUCGCUACACUGAUACCGGUUAUACGAACGCCGCCUUUGUGGAAGUGGUUGAGCAUGCAUUCAAGAGCAAUAAUUCGAGCGUAGUGCGACUGCACACAGUGCUCUAUGCUCUCGUAUUUCGAAUGGCACAACGGCAACCCGAGUUUGCCAAACACAAGGAAAGCUUGUGGCGGGUUGUCAGUGCCUCUGCUGUCUCUGCGCUAGAACAACAAGGCACGGUACAAAUCGAGGAGGAUGUAGUGAUGAUCUUCUCGCACAUGCGUAGAGACUCUCUGCCAUAUGAGCCAAUAUUGCGCAUUGCUGCUGAUCUUUUCGCAUCGCAUGCCAAUCUAUACUCCAUGCACAGAUUCCUCAUUGCCCUGGAGAAGCAUGAAUUUCUACUGGACAGAGUAUCGAGCAUGAAAACUCGCAUUACUGCAGAACUAUCUUUGCUUCGACAACACAUGAACGCUCAGACGCUCGACCGAAGUGGACACAAGGCCUUCGCGUUACAAAUAUGUCAGGAUAUACUCAAGUCUCUAAGAAGGAUCGCUAAAUCAAGCGUCUCGAUUGAAGGCGUCAACAUCGAAAAACAGACAAAAGAGAAGAUCAAGAAGGAGACCGAAACUCUAAAAGCCAGUAGGGAUUUUACUGCAAUCCUUGACUCCGCUUCGAACGAUCACGCUCUGCCACAAAUUUAUGCGAACCUUACCAAUAACAUCGCACCCUCUCAACGUACAGUCCUUAUACAUCAAUUAGCUCACCACUACUCCCUCGAUGCCACUCGAUCGCAGCGGGCGACUUGGCGUUCCAUCUACACUCUUUACAACUACCUCAAGUCGUACUCUCUGCCAAUCGGUCCUCUGUUUACCAAAGCCGUAGUCCGAGCCGCCAUCGUUCGACCUAUGGUGGAGCAUAGAUUCAUUAGCGCGAGGAGAUUGAUCUGGGAGCUCACAAUGGAUCAGCCUAGCUCCUCUGCUAGGCCUACUAUCGAACAAUUACGACAUGUUAUCAACAACUAUCCCCUCAUCGAUAACCACGCACACAACCUCAUUCUGCCCCACCAAGCAGAUACGAUACCUUUCGAGACCAUAACUACGGAAGCCCAGGGAAGAGCUCUAAGAGAUACUUUCAAAUCCCUUCCUCAUUUGCGAGCAGCUAGACAGCUAGGCCAACUUUACGAAUGUGGCCAAGACGCAGAUUGGGAGGACAUUCUGGAACAGAGGGUUGAAUGGGUUCGAAGCAAUUCCGAGCGUCUACAUCAGCGAUGCUUCGAGAAUGUACACGCGUUACUCAUCGAUGACGGACUUGCCGGACCAGAAAAGGUCUUUCCCUACAAUUAUCAUGAUCGUUAUACCAAGGCACCCAGUAAGCGCAUUGUACGUAUUGAGACAGUCGCUGAGCGCUUAAUGGAGAACCUUGUUCAGGACGCAUCAGAAGACGACCUGGGGAAGACCAAGUUCCUACCACAGACCUGGACAAACUUCACUGAGGACUUCGAGCGCGAGAUUCAAGAGGCCGUUGAGGACGACAACGUCGCUGGGUUCAAAUCUGUCAUUUGUUACCGAACAGGGCUCGACAUUGAGCCAGAAUAUGAGGAAGCUGCAAAAACCGUUGGACACCCUUUCGAACGCUACGUUAAGAGCUGCAUUCGCAAACGCAAUUACCGUAUUGAGAAGAAGCAUCUGAAUGACUAUCUCGUUUUGCGUACCCUAGAGAUAUUGUCGGAGCGACUACCUCAUUCUGAUUCUCUUGCGAAGCCAUUUCAGCUACAUACUGGUCUUGGAGAUAAUGACAUUAGCCUUCUUGAAUCCAACCCUGCUUUCCUCCAGCCAUUGAUUGAAAACUACCCACAAGUACCAUUUGUACUUCUCCAUUCUGCCUAUCCGUAUACGCGCGAAGCCGGCUACCUCGCAACUGUAUAUCGGCACGUGUACCUUGAUAUUGGCGAAGUCUUCCCAAUGGCCAGUAGGGAUGGCCAGAAAGCGAUUCUACGACAAUCCAUGGAACUUGUCCCGGCCAGUAAACUCUUGUAUUCUUCGGAUGGGCACUGGUUUCCAGAGACCUAUUGGCUUGCCAAUAAACAGUUCCGCGAAGUCUGGCUCGAUCUACUCGUAGAGUACAUCCAGAAAGGCGACCUAACACCGCAUCAAGCGAUUGGCAUGACGAAAGACAUCAUGUUCAACAAUUCCAAUGUGCUAUACGACUUACGCUAUGAGGCUUUCUUCGAUGAAACAGUACAAGCAGAUCCAAAGCAGCUCACAUACAACCCGAAGCCAGUCGAAGCUUCGCCUUAUCAGUCUCCAGCAGUAACACCAAUACCCACCAUGGGCAUUCCCAGCCGGUCCUCAGCUUCCAAUGCACAAGCUACUCGAUCAGUCUCUCCUUACACACAGCCAGCUUUCCCUCCACCGCCAAAGGCACCACAAGUCUACGAUAUUCAGCUUUUUGACGAUUUCAAGGAGAAGAAUCCCACAGUGAAGUUCAUUUACGUACAAUGGCUUGAUUACAUGGCCACAAUCCGUAGCCGCAUAGUUCCCAUCAAGGAGUUUACUCGCAUGAUAACCGAAGGGGAACGUAUCGGUAUAUCCCAGGGAAACAUGGGCACCCUUCAAAAUGACCACAUAACGCCCGUCACAAAUACGACGGGCCAGAUAUACGUCGAGCCAGACUUACGUUCUCUCCGCAGAACGCACAACAAAGAUCCGCUGCCCGCUGCAACAGUACUCAGUUACUGGCGCACGGAAAAUGGUUCUGCGCUUCCAGAAGACCCGCGGAACAACCUUGAAACGCUUAUCAAUGACCUCCAGUACAACUACGCCACAACGCUUCUUAUCGGCUUUGAGAUUGAAGUCACGUUUCUUUCCCGAAACCCCCCUUCGGCAUCAACCAACCCUUUCGAAGCUGAGCCCUACUCACCUCUGACAAAAACCCACGCAUGGGGCACACUAACACCAGAACAGUGGCUUCAGCUUCCCUUCCUUAGCGAAAUCGUUCUGGCACUUGAGGACAUGGGUAUUGAGGUCCAGCAAUUCCAUGCCGAAUCAGGACCGGGACAGUAUGAAUUCGUACUUCCGCCCCAUCCUCCUCUCCUUGCAAUUGACACGCUUCUCCAGGCCAGACAGGUCAUCGCUCAAAUAGCUAGUCUGCAUGGGCUACGUGCGACGCUUCAUCCCAAGCCCUUUGAAGGCAUUGGUACGGCGGCUCAUGCGCACAUCAGCUUGCACCCACCAGAGCGUGAUAUGCAGUUUUUCGUUGGAGGUGUCUUGAAGCACUUGCCGGCCAUCUGUGCAUUUAGCAUGCCCGAGGAAAUCAGUUACGAACGUGUAACGGAAAAUUCUUGGACAGGCGGAACAUGGGUAGCAUGGGGAACCCAAAACCGUGAAACGCCACUCCGACGCAUAACUCCAGGUCAUUGGGAGCUUCGCUGUCUUGACGGAUUUGCAAACAUGUACUUUGCUCUUUCUGCUGUUCUCGCCGCUGGUCUACUCGGUCUCGCUGCGAACGAACCUUCUUUCCCGGAACAAGACCUCCAAGUUAACCCUUCGACCAUGGACGAGCAGAUGCGGGCUGAGUUUGGUGUUAUGAGAAGGUUGCCGAGAAGCAUGCAAGAAGCUGUCACAUCGCUGAGAGCGGAUAUGCCACUUAACGAGGCUUUGGAUCCAGCAUUUUUGAAGGCAUAUCUGUAUAUGAAGGGCGAGGAAGCAAAGAUGUUGGGGGAUAUGGGCGAUGGCGAGCGGAGAGUGUUUCUGGUGGAAAGGUAUUGA